GUCGAGUACGAACAGAGUGCGAAGGAGCGAUCACAGAAUGUCACACGGCGCGGCCACGAGAGGACGUACGGAGCGAUUGCGAUUCUGUCGGCAGUCAAAAAUGGCUGGUGCCAGCGACUGGUUUAGCAUCGGUAGCACGGUGGUUUGUAAAACAUGCCACGAUAAGGAAAUCGAAGGUGAGGUAAUGGCAUUCGAUCCACAGACCAAAAUGUUGAUAUUAAAAUGUCCAUCAUCGAGUGGUAGAUCCUCAUUACAUGAUGUACACAUAGUAAAUUUAUCCUACGUGUCAAACGUUCAAGUGAUACGAGAAGUUAGUUCAACGAGCAAUGAAGCUCCACAGAGCCUUAAUUUGCAAAGGCUAAACACAAGAACUCGUAAUCAGAUUGAAGAGAAGAAGAGACUGGUAAUGGCUCUGCAGGCCGGAGUAUCUCCAGAAGGACAAAAGCUGUUUAUUGCUAUUUCCAAGACUAUUCAAGAUAUUACGUGGAAUGGAGCUAACAUUGUUGUAUUUAAUAAUGUCACUAUUAGACCACCAUACAAAGUGGACAACGUUCAUGGAAAUCCAGAAUCUGGAGCAUAUAGACAUGUAAAAAAAGUGGUUGAAAAACAUAUUAAGGAUACAGCACAAGUACAACAACAGCGGGAACAGCAACAACAACAACAACAAACACAAAAAGGUGGCGAACUGCAAUAAAAGUCCAAACAGGCACUACAUCAUCGAGAUCGCUAAAUACUUUUGAGGAAGUUCCAAUCUUUGACCUGAAAUAAGAAGACAGCUGAACAGAACAAUCCGACUGCAGAGUAAUUAAAAUACGCCUAUCGCGGAAAAUCGUCAUCUUUGAGCGAACUCCAGUUUAUUUGAAUGGAAAAAGGACAAAGAUAAAGUGCAAAUUUAACAGAAAAUUCACACAUCCAAAUAUCAUUUAAAAUAUCAUAAUGCAUUUUAUAGUUAGACCAGUAAUUCGUAAUUAUUAGUUACCAGCCUAAAAACUCUACGAGAAAGCGAACAGAUCGACUGAUUCAACCGCGUAUUCAUCACACAUCGCUGGUACUGUAAUUGUAUGCAAUGUACAAAUUAAACGCGGGAUGUGCUGUAGUUUGAUUCAAAUACGUUUAAUAGUCGAUUUAUCGAUCAUCGACGAAAACGUGUUUUAGCAUGAAUUAAGAUCGAUUUCUCUUUUUAAGCGCUUGUCAGCGCGUCUAUAACACGAUAUUAUUUAAGCCCGUAUGAAACGGUUCGAACUUUCGCACAUAGCGCCAAAAUCCAGAGACGGGUUGCGAAAGUAGAAUAAGAGAUAUAGUUAUUGGCACUUUGAAUGCUUCGUUGAAAGAAGCACAAGUUAAUUUUAAUCAUAGAAUAUUUUCCUUAUUGUGAUUCGGCGAUAUCGUCGUGUGAUACAGUAUCAUGUAUAAUAACAAAACAGGCAUCAUAUAUAAUAACAGGUUUACAUCUCGUUCAUUAGCAGUAAUAAAGUAUAAUUGCAAUCGUUGAAUAUAACGAUUGAACGUACAAAAACAAGUGCAUUUGACCAAUUAAUUCCGAGAAACAAACUUUUCUUUUGCUAAAAAUUUUAUAGCAAAAAGAAUUUAUAUGUUUAUCGUGGAAGACGAGUUUUUUUUUAACAGAGUGCCAACAAUCGUGAUCAAUGUCAACAACUGUAUCUCUUAUCCUAUUUUCGCAAACCAGAGCGUGCACGGUUGAAUGAUCGCGACGAUCCCAUUCUCGUUUUCCAAAAUGUUUUUUUUAUUCACUAGUAAUUCUGUAUUAUUCCCGACAGCACAGGUAAAUCUUUCAGAAACCAAUAGGAAAGUUUCGAAAAACAUGAUCCAUCACGUGUACAGCACGCGGCAUGGGACGUCUUCAACUAUGCACGAUAUCGUUAUUCCCUUGCGCAAGCCGAGUCGCAGAAUGUAAUUUAGAAAAGCCAGAUUUCGGCUUGCACAAGACUUACCUCGCAUUCACGAGGUAACAUCGUUCUUGCAGAGACACCGAAUUCGUCUCCGUGCCCUUUUGCCAUUCGAAUGGAAAGAUGAGAGUAAAAAGGAGAACAAGUGAGGGCGAUUGUAAAAGAACGUGAAAAGACAUAAAUAAAUGUAAUAUAAAUUCUGUA